GUUCUCAGCGAUGACCAGGCACUUUCUGUCGAAUACACCGAAGAAAACUACAUCAAAAUGUCUGGACGCGGGAAGGGUGUUGGUAAGACCAGAGCGAAGGCCAAGAGCCGUUCAUCCCGGGCCGGUCUCCAGUUCCCGGUUGGACGUGUCCACAGACACUUGAGGAAGGGCAACUACGCCCACCGCGUCGGUGCCGGGGCUCCGGUGUACCUGGCGGCGGUGCUCGAGUAUCUGACCGCUGAAAUCUUGGAGCUGGCUGGCAACGCUGCCCGCGACAACAAGAAGACCCGAAUCAUCCCCCGCCAUCUGCAGCUGGCCGUCCGCAACGACGAGGAGCUCAACAAGCUGCUGGGCGGAGUGACCAUCGCUCAGGGCGGCGUGCUGCCCAACAUCCAGGCCGUCCUGCUGCCCAAGAAGACCGAGAAGGCCGCCAAGAAGUAAACACCCGGAAACUACUUAAUAACAACACAACGGCUCUUUUAAGAGCCACACACCUCAAACUAAAGACCGUUCCCUUACUGCGUCUGAACAAUAUUACUCUUUUAUUAGUGUUUAUAUGCAUCGAGAUAUUUAGUUUUUAAGAGGUAAUUUGUGGUUCCGGAAGUAUAAAUGUCUUUUUAUUUACCGGUAAUAAGAACAUUAUCCAUAAUGCCUAAACCGCCCAAGGUAGGCUUGCCUUCUUACAUACGGUCUAUGCUUACAACGAGGCACGACAUUCUUCACAUCUUCAUGCACCUGCAGAAGCCGUCUGUCCGUGUUAAGUCUUUUGUUUCAGGAAAAAAAAAAAAGUACUACACUACCCACAAUCCUAAACGUGAAAGCUGCACCUCUGAUUGGCGUAGCUCACCGUUACCCAACCGGUGAACCAACUGCUAGUGCUGAUCAUGGUGCUGAUCCCAUUGAGGCCUUAUUGGUUUAUGUACAGUCUCUUUGCCUUUUGCUGUUCUCAAUGUUCUUCUGCGCCCAAUCAAAUGUUUUAUGGUCACGAUUCAUUGUCACUGGAGCAAUGGAAGGGGGAAACCAGAGCUGGUCACAAAGUGGGUGGUCACUUAAAUUUGUAUUUUUGUCUGUAGACCUACUGUUGUCUUGUGCUGACCACUGCAACACCAGAAUUUCCCUUCUGGUGAUAAAUAAAAGGAUUGCUUAUGUAAA